UGAUGAAUGUCAUCACCGCAAUAAUUUUAACGGAGCGCACAUUGCGUUGCGUAUAAUAAUACCGGUUCUCCCUUCCAAGGGGAAAUCAACGCCCAACUCCUGCACGCCAUUCUCUCUCCUCCUUCCCCCCCAAUUUCUUCUCGUCGCCGGCGAAAUCAAGGUGAUUUUCCGCUGGUUAGAAUUGAAUAAUUAGGUUUUGAAUUUUUUGUGCUUAAUUGAAGCAGAGUUAGGUGAUUGAUUGAUUUGAGUAGUAUGAUCAUCAGCUAUGAUUCAAGUAGAAUUGUAGGUGAUGAAGAAUUUGUUUGAGAGAACUGGUACUGCAAAUUCAACAUCUGGUACUAGUUCUUCUUCAAAUUCCCCUAAAUUUAAUUGCAUUUCUUCUAAUUCUUCCGAUCACAAGUCUUCAUCAUCGUCGUCAACUAAGGCUUCUUCGUUGUUGUCUGGAAUUGUUGUUUCCGCUUUCUCGAUUUUUGAGCCUCGUGUGGAGGAGGGUGUGAAUCCGAGUUCGAAUUUGAGUUCAAGUUCGAGUUCGAGUUCGAGUUCUUCUCGUGAGAAGAAGGGGGUUGGAACUAAGUCUAAGAUUAGUACUAGUUGUAGUGGUAGUAAUGGGUGGGCGGCUGCUGUAAAGAGGGUUAUGGCGAGUGGAUCGAUGAGGAGGAUUAGGGAGUCCAUGUUCGGGUUUAACAAGUCUAGUGCUGUCACUUCUACAAGUGAUAUUUGGUUGUUGGGUGUUUGCUAUAAACUUAAUGAUGCCAUUGGUGGUGAUCCUGUUAGUAGCAGUGGCUUUGCUGCGUUUGUCGAGGAUUUCUCAUCGAGGAUUUUGAUGACGUAUAGGAAAGGGUUUGAUGCCAUUGAGGAUUCAAAGUAUACUAGUGAUGUUAAUUGGGGUUGCAUGCUUCGAAGCAGUCAAAUGCUUGUUGCCCAAGCGUUGUUGGUUCAUCAGUUUGGGAGGUCUUGGAGGAAAUCUGUGAAUAAGCAAAUUGAUCAAGGGUACAUUGAAAUCCUACAUGAUUUUGGUGAUUCUGAAGAAUCAGCAUUCUCGAUCCACAAGAUUCUAGAAGCUGGGAAGGGUUAUGGCCUUGCUGCCGGCUCAUGGAUAGGUCCCUAUGCCACAUGUCGUGCAUGGGAAACUCUGGCCCGCACUGGUAAAGCAUUGCCAAUGGCAGUCUAUAUUGUUUCUGGUGAUGAAGAUGGUGAACGAGGUGGGGCUCCUGUUGUCUGUGUAGAAGAUGUAUCUGGUUGCUGCCGUGAGCAUUCAGGUGGUGGAGCUGAUUGGACGGCUAUCCUGCUGCUGGUUCCUCUAGUACUUGGACUUGAUAAACUUAAUCCCAGCAGGUAUGUUCCUUUAUUGGGUGCUACAUUUACAUUUCCUCAGAGUCUUGGCAUUUUGGGUGGGAAACCUGGUGUUUCAACUUACAUUGUUGGUGUGCAAGAUGAAAAUGCAUUCUAUCUUGAUCCCCAUGAUGUUCAACAGGUGACUAAUAUUACAAAAACUGACCUAGAGGCUGAUACUUCAUCAUUCCACAGCAAUGUGAUCCGACAUAUUCCGUUGGAGUCUAUUGAUCCCUCAUUGGCGAUUGGAUUUUACUGCAGAGAUAAAGAUGACUUUGAUGAUUUCUGCUCUCGAGCUUCUAAGCUAGCCAAUGAGUCAAAUGGCGCUCCUCUAUUUACUGUGACACAUAGCCGUAACUCCCCUAAGACAGCCAGUCAGCAUGAUAUGGGCGUUAGUGAAAACCGCGUAGAUGAUUCAUAUGAUAUGCUGCAUUCAAAUGACGGGCAAGAGGACGAUUGGCAACUUCUCUGAAGAUGGACGGUGCUGAUAGUUUAAAAUCUGAUUGGAACUGAAACAAUUGUGCUGGAGUUUGACAAGUUGACAUGUUUGUAUCGUUUGUCCAUUGGUUGGUUGGCAUCUCGUCCCACUUAAAACUUUAAUUUGUUUUUUUUCAAGUAAAAGAAUCUUAGAAAUUUUUCAGUUCAGAUAGUGAAAUGUUAGUAUCUGUAGAGGUAUUUAUCACAUGUCAUAAUUGGUGUAAAUUCGUUCAUUUAAUGGAAGGCGUGAUAUCUUCAUUUGUUUUUUUUUGUAAAUAUGGCAUUUGCAGAUUGUAUUCAACUGUUAUGAGGUUGGUUGGGUUUUAAGGCAUUCGGCUUCCUUUCCACUCCA